UGUAGCAGCCAUUCGUAGUACUGGAAAGUUUCCGAAGGUUUUGUUGUGUUCUGACUUGCCUUAGUUGCGAAGUGAAAAUAAUAAGUUUUACCUUUAUCAAGGUUCUGACCUAUUAAAUAGUGGAGAAAACUCGGAACGUGUUUUGAAAACAAGUGCAGUAAUGCAGUGACAGAUUUCUCUGGAAUCAAUGCCUUUUUUCACGUUGAUUAACUCGAACGUUAUAGUUACGGUGGUAACUAGGGCAGAUAGAAAGAAGUUUCUCCUGGUUCAAAACUUAGUUGAUCGCGAUCGGAUAGCUAACAAAGCCCUAUAGUGUCAAUGUUGCUUUGGAAGUAGAUACUUAAAAAUGGUUCACAUUCGUGUACAAGGAGAGACAAUUGGGGCAUUCCCAGUCUCGGACCUUCCACUUCCCAUAGUUGAAAGUUCAGAUGCAGCUACUCCCAGCGCCGUCUCAGAUCUUGUAGAAGUAGUCUCCACUUCAAGAUUGAGGAGGAAUCGGCAAUCUGCCAGCAUGAUACCAGUACCCAGACCAAUACCAACAAAUGAAACAACCAGCCCAAUUCUGGCACCUCAGCUUUCAGCCAAACCAUAUGAUUACCUGUUAAAGUUCCUACUGGUUGGGGACUCUGACGUGGGCAAACAAGAAAUACUCAGCACAUUAGAAAAUGCUGCCUCAGACAUGCCUUUUUGUGCUGGACCAGUGCACAAAGUUACAACCCUUUUAGUGGACGGAAGGAGAGUUCGUCUACAGUUAUGGGACACAUCUGGGCAGGGACGAUUUUGCACGAUAUUGCGAUCUUAUUCCCGUGGUGCCCAGGGCCUGCUGCUGGUCUAUGACUUGACUAACAAGUGGUCUUUCGAUGGUAUUGACCGCUGGCGUAGAGAAGUUGAAGAGCAUGCUCCCGGAGUGCCGAAAGUUCUCGUGGGCAAUCGACUUCACUUGGAAUUCAAACGGGCUGUGAGUGUGGCUCAGGCUGAGGCUUACGCCCAGCGACACGGCAUGGCCUUUUUCGAAAUCUCGCCGCUUUGCAACUAUAACGUGGCCGAGUCGCUGGCCGAGCUCACACGUCGGGCGCUUAGACGAAACGGGAUGGAAAGGCUCUGGCGGACCAAUCGAGUUCUCUCACUGCAGGAGUUGUGUUGCCGCUCAAUCGUUUCGCAGACCUCAGUGUAUACCAUAGAUCGGCUUCCUCUACCGCCAACGCUUCAUUCGCAGCUGCGUUCCUACGCCCUCAGCAGUGGUUGUGCCCGUCAUCAUCCACACCACCCGAACCAUCACCACGAAAUGAAGAUGGCCAUAAAAAAGUCAAGACUCAGUCAUGUCCACGCAAAACUCACCUGCGUUAUUUCAUGAUUUCUUCAUCGCUU